UUAUUUAAGUUAUAUCUUAUUGAAGUUGCGCUGUUUAAGAAACAUUAUUGUUAAAUUCUUCUCUUUUUCAUUGAAUUUUUGUGCUUUCUUAUUUUAGGAGCUUUGAUUUCUUUUCAAGUUUUCUGCCUGAAAUUUACUGACUUGGGAACUCAUGAAUCUUGGGGAAAUGAUUAUUGAAGUGAUUUUGGGAUCAAAUAAGUUUUUGAGAAGUUUACAUGUUUCAAAAUUUUAAUGAGUUAUGUGAUAGACUCAUAUGGGAAACCAAAGAUUGAUUUUUGUGUUGGUAGCACUUGCUGUUAAUUAUUUACUGUUUCAGUCAAUUUUGGUUCCAUAUGGAAAUGGAAAACCUCCUUGGUCUUCAAGGCAUGAAAUAUCAUUGCAUUCCACACCAAAUCAUUUCACUAUUCGGAAUCCGCUUAUACGUGAUGCUUCUGAAGAUUUCAAUGCUAUGGUGGAGAAAAUGAAUAUUCCCAUCAUCAAUGAUGAAUCAGGUCAUGGAAAUCAGUUAAAAAGUGUUUCUGCAUUUGGGGUAAGUAGAGAUGAUUUUCAAAGUUUACCUGAGAAGAAAAAUGUUGGUAAAAACAACAGCUUGGAGUUGGAUAAUGUAGGUUCCAAGAAAAGUUUCAUAGCAGUUUUGGCCAAGGACAGUAAGGUUGACUUUUCAGUGAAGCAAUUUUUGGUUACAAAAAGGGGAGUUUCUACAAUUUCUCAGAUGGUAAAAAGUAAACAUGUUGAUUCGAGGGAACAUGAUCAUACAACUUCAUCCACUAAUCUGACUCAUCUUGAAAAUUCUCCUCAGAAAAACAAGAAGUGUAAUAUGCCCCCUAAGUCAAGAAUGUUAAUACAGGAGAUGAACCAUAUACUAGAGCGUCGCCGUGUUUCUUCUCGAGCAAUGAGACCAAGGUGGUCAUCCAAACUUGAUAUGGAAAUUCUUGCUGCAAGGUCAGAGAUUGAGCAUGCUCCUAUAGUAACACAUGACAAUGAACUUUAUGCUCCUCUAUUUCGCAAUCAUUCUAUGUUCAAAAGGAGCUAUGAACUCAUGGAACGCAUGCUCAAAGUAUAUAUAUACAUGGAAGGAGACAAACCAAUCUUUCAUCAACCUAUACUUAAAGGACUCUAUGCCUCGGAGGGUUGGUUUAUGAAAUUGAUGGAGGAGAAUAAGCAUUUUGUUGUGAAGGAUCCUGCAAAGGCUCACCUGUUCUAUAUGCCAUUCAGUUCGCGUAUGUUAGAGUUUGCUGUUUAUGUACGUAACUCUCAUAAUCGGACGAAUCUCCGUAGCUAUUUGAAGGGCUAUACAGAUAAAAUUUCAGCAAAAUAUCAUUAUUUUAACAGAACUGGUGGUGCUGACCAUUUUCUUGUUGCUUGCCAUGAUUGGGCUCCAUAUGAAACAAGACACCACAUGGAAUACUGCAUAAAAGCCCUCUGCAAUUCUGAUGUAACUCAAGGCUAUAAAAUAGGAAGGGACGUUUCUCUUCCAGAAACUUAUAUCCGGUCAGUACGAAAUCCUCAGAGAGAUAUCGGCGGAAAACCUCCUCACCAAAGAACCAUUCUUGCCUUCUAUGCUGGAAAUAUGCACGGCUAUUUGCGUCCGAUAUUGCUAAAGCACUGGAAGGACAAGGACCCCAAUAUGAAGAUAUUUGGCCCAAUGCCUCAUGGUAUUGCAAGCAAAAUGAAUUACAUCCAGCACAUGAAGAAUAGCAAAUACUGCAUUUGCCCGAGAGGGUACGAAGUCAACAGCCCGCGAGUGGUUGAAGCCAUAUUUUAUGAGUGUGUACCUGUGAUCAUAUCAGAUAAUUUUGUGCCACCACUUUUUGAGGUUUUAAAUUGGGAUGCAUUCUCAUUAAUCCUUGCAGAGAAAGAUAUUCCAAACUUGAAACAGAUACUUCUUUCAGUGCCUGAAAAGAAGUACCUCAAUCUACAACUUGGGGUCAGAAGGGUUCAGAAACAUUUUCUUUGGCAUACAAAACCAUUGAAGUAUGACCUCUUCCACAUGACCCUCCACUCAAUUUGGUAUAAUAGAGUAUUUCAAAUCAAGGUGAGGUGAAAAUGAAAAUGGCCCUCUGAGCUGUAGAGGGAAUAAGAACUUGAGAAAGAAUAUGGUAGGAACUAGGAAUUUGUAUUUAGUGUCCUAGUUUCUUACUAGUUUUGAGUGAAUCAAAAAGAAAAUGUUCAAGUUCAUGUCAAUGUACUUACACUUACGUGGUAUUGUGGGAUUCAUACAAAUAAAACAGAACAAACUUUUUUAUCAGUGAACCCACAAGUCUCAUCUUCCAAGAGUAGUUCUUUUUAGGAGUUGUUGGAUAUUAAAUGUGAAUGCCUCUCUCAGUAAAGACAUGAACUAUAUUUCACCA